UAAAAGGCGACAUCACUAACUAAUUUCCAGUUGAAUUGUGUUGUCAGCGGAUUUGUAUUGCGAAAAUUGAAAAAUUGUUGGAAAAGAAAUACUAAUACUUAAAUAAUCUAAAUCGAGUUCAAAAAUAUUUCAAUAUGUUCAAAUUAAUUUCGAAAAGUUGUGUGUCCGCCAUUUUUCUACUUCUUCUGUUCUCCGAUUCGCCGAAUUACGCUUCCGCUGCCUGCAAUACCUGCUCUGUUCAGACUAAUUUAGCCUGCGUUUCGAAAACGGAGUUCUCAGUGUGCGUUAAUGGCUUACCAACGGGAACGGCGUCUGCUUGCCCCACCGGAUAUAUUUGCUCGACAACUGCGGCCAGCAUCUGCGUAUCGAGUACUGGUACGAGUAUAGUUGGCGAUUGUGAGGAAUGCAAUACCUGUGAUUCCUCCCAUACCUUUGCCUGCACUGGCAUACGGACGUAUCGCCUUUGUUUAGGCACAGACGACAUGAGUGAUUUGGGUGGCAGCUGUGCGCCCUAUCAUGUAUGUAAUAUCGACUAUCCGUACAUAUGCGGCAAUGAAACCUUGGGGAUUACACCCACAUGUUCGACUGCUGAUCAAACAGAUACCACAACAACAACUGAGAGUACCACAACGACGAUUACGACGACUACUUCAGGUUCGGUAAUCGUAACUGAUCCAGUUGCAUAUUGCCAAACCUUACAACAAAGUGGUCGCUUUCCAGUCGGUAAUGAACUUUCGACAACCUGUAAACAGUAUGUCUACUGUUUCGUAAAUAACAGCGUUUGGAGUGGCGUACUCUACUACUGCCCGGGUGAUACUUAUUUCGAUAGUACUACACGAUAUUGUUCACCAACCAUACCGACCCGUUGCAACAGUUCAGAACGGUCAUUGUAUCUGAGAGGUUAUGAAAUAGAUUUCGAUGAUGGAGAAACAAUCGAAUGAAUAAUACCGAAUGUGAGAAGUUACACAGUUGAGCAGUUAUAAAUAUAAUAUGAGGUCGAGGAAUUUUGUAAAGGAGGGAAAAAUUCACAGUAGCAGUACUUGUUGCCGAAACUGUCAUAAACUACGUAAUUCUGUACUCUCUCACAAAGGCUAUUCACUUUUAUAUUUUUUUUAGUUAAAAUUAAGUUAGGCUAGGUACCUAACACUAACCUAACCUAAAGUACCACGUAUGCAUUUAGAUAAAUAUGAACAAUUUGAAUCAAUAUUUUAGAAAAAAUUUAGGAAAUAACAAUUUACAAUAAAAAAGAAAAAGGAAGCAAUUAAA